CUCAGCUGUGAUAACUCCCUCCGGGGUAGCAGCAGCACAGUCCCACCCAGCCUGAGGGCUCACCUCUGCUGAUGGGCCAUCAUGGACUGAAUGGCCCCAGCACAAUGGGCAGCUGCAAGGACUGAGACCAUCAAGGCUCCCAAAAUAUCCCAUGACUCCCAGGAUGACAUCGUUCCAUUGUGAAACUGCCCGCCCUGGGGGAGGGGCUGAGCAUUCCCACCUGAACCUGAGCAUAUAAAAUCUGAGUUUGGGGCCUUCUGGCAACACUUAACAGAUCCAGGGCAGGAGCAGGACUCCAAGAGGACUGUGACCACCGCUGUUGACAAGACUGCUCCCAUCACUUGGACAGGACUGUGUCCACCACUCUGACCAACAGGAUUUCCCACUCCCAAACCUUGGCCAGAUGGAGGAGGAGGCUGUGAGGAAGAGGAAGAUGCCCCAGGACACCCAGGCAGACAAGGAGCUGAGGACAGAGCCCAGGGAGGACAAAUCCCCGCGGCAGAACCUGGUGGAAGAGGCCGUUUUGAGUAGCUCCACAUCGCAGGAAUCCAGCUGGGAGGAAAACCACCGGAGAUCCCACAGGAGGAGGGGCUGCAAACGCAGCCCAGGGAGCUGUGAGGAGGAAAGACCCACCCUGUGCCGGGAUGGCGGCCGGAGAUCCAGCCAGAGCUCAAACCUGGUGGUCCACGAGCAGUGUCAUGCUCUAGAGAAACGCUUCAAGUGCUUGGAAUGUGGGAAGAGCUUCAGCCAGAGCACCAACCUGAUCUACCACCGGAUGAUCCACACCGGGGAACGGCCCUAUGUGUGUGGGGAAUGUGGGAAGAGCUUCAGCACAAGCUCCAACCUGAUCCGCCACCGCCAGGUCCACACAGGGGAGAGGCUCUAUGUGUGUGGGGAAUGUGGGAAGAGCUUCAGUACGAGCGCCUACCUGAUUCGCCACCAGAUGAUCCACACUAGGAAACGGCCCUAUGAGUGUGGGGAGUGUGGGAAGAGGUUUCAGACCAGCUCCAGUCUCCUCCUGCACCAGCGGAUUCACACAGAUGAGAGGCCCUUCCGCUGCCCCGACUGCGGGAAGGGCUUCAGGUACAACUCCGACCUCACCAGGCACAAACGCAUCCACACCGGGGAGAGGCCCUACGAGUGUCCUGAGUGUGGGAAGAGCUUCAGCCAGAGCAAUCACCUUAUCUGCCGCCCGAAGAUCCACACCGGGGAGAGGCCCUACAAGUGUCCCGAGUGCGGGAAGAGCUUCUCCAGGAGCUCUCCCUUGACCAGACACCAAGAGAGCCACCAGUAA